GCGCAGCCGCCUCCUCCCUCUGCCUCCUCGUCUAAGCCGCCUCCACCAUCUCCGCUGCCAUGACGACCUCGUCUCCCUCUCAGGUGCGACAGAACUACCACCAGGACUCUGAGGCCGCCAUCAACCGACAGAUCAACCUGGAGCUUUACGCCUCCUACGUCUACCUGUCUAUGUCUUACUACUUCGACCGAGAUGACGUGGCCUUGAAGAACUUUGCCAAGUAUUUCCUGCACCAGUCCCACGAGGAGCGGGAGCAUGCUGAGAAGCUGAUGAAGCUGCAGAACCAACUCGGUGGCCGCAUUUUUCUGCAGGACAUCAAGAAACCAGAACGCGAUGACUGGGAGAGUGGACUGAACGCAAUGGAGUGUGCUCUGCACUUGGAAAAAAAUGUCAAUCAGUCUUUACUGGAAUUGCACAAGCUGGCAACUGACAAAAAUGACCCCCAUUUAUGUGAUUUCAUCAAAACCCACUACCUGGACAAACAGGUAAAGUCCAUCAAACAACUGGGUGAUCACAUAACCAACCUGCGCAAAAUGGGGGCCCCCGAUUCUGGCAUGGCGGAAUAUCUUUUUGACAAGCACACCCUUGGAGACAGUGACAACGAGAGCUAAGCCACACACCUGGCUUCCCCCACACCUGGGAACUGUGGGUGCCAUUCCUCCUGUCUUUCAGUGCAUGCAUAUUUUGGUUAUCUGACCUUUUCAUAAUCUGUACCAAAAAACUACCACCAUUUACAUCCCAAUAAAGUGACUUGGUACUGAUAAAAAAAAAAAAAAAGA